AACGCGGCACUUUUAGUCUAGAGUUCAGUUCGAUCGAAGAUGGCGUCGCACGCCCAAAUGAACCUUUUCUCCAUCACCCGGAUGGCCCUAACCCUUGGGCCGGGCUUGGGUUUCCUCCUCUACCUCCAUUCCUCCACCAUGACCCAUCGCCCCGAUAUCCUGGACCGGGAACACCGCGUCCAUGACGUACCCAUGUACCAGAUUCUCCCAUCGUACGAUUUUAUCAUAGUGGGUGGCGGUAGUGCCGGUGCGGUUCUUGCGAAUCGUUUGAGUGAAAAUCCCGAAUGGAAAGUACUACUUUUGGAGGCUGGGCCUGAUGAAAUUUCACUAACUGAUCUUCCGUUAUUGUUCCCAACGCUUCAAUUGUCGCCGUUUGAUUGGCAGUUUAAGACACAGCCGGGGGAGAAGUACUGCCAGGCCAUGACAAGGGGGCAGUGUAACUGGCCGAGGGGGAAGGUACUAGGAGGGAGUAGUGUCCUUAAUGCUAUGUUGUACGUCCGGGGGAAUAAACGGGAUUAUGACCGGUGGGAAAUGGAGGGGAAUAUUGGUUGGGGGUACGAUGAGGUACUACCAUACUUUAAAAAAUCGGAAGAUAUGAAAAUUGAGGGGUACCAGGAUGAUUAUUAUCAUGGUACUGGUGGGUACCUUUCGGUGGAACUGUUCAGGUACCACUCCCCCAUCGCCGACUGGUUCCUCCAAGCCGCCCAAGAGUUCGGUUACGAAAUCCGCGACAUAAACGGCGAGUACCAGACCGGCUUCACCCUCGCCCACGGUACCCUCAAAGACGGUCUCCGCUGCAGUACCGCCAAAGGCUUCCUGCGCCCCGUCUCCAAACGCCCCAACCUCCACGUCAGCCUCCACUCCCUCGUGGAGAAAAUCAUCAUCGAUGAAGUAACAAAGCAAGCACGUGGAGUCACUUUCAACAAAUUUGGGGCCCGACGUACCAUCUAUUCAGACCGUGAGACGAUUUUAAGUGCCGGUGCCCUCCAAUCCCCCCAGUUGUUAAUGCUCUCAGGGGUCGGACCCCAAGCCCAUUUGGAGGAGGUCGGGGUUGAGCCACUCGUUGACUCACCUGGAGUUGGUUCAAACCUCCAAGACCACGUGGCCAUGGGCGGGGUUACGUUCCUUUUCGAACCAUCAGAAGAGUACCAGAACAAGACUUGCGGGUUUAUCCUCCCGAAGGUUUUUUCUCCCGAAACUAUCAAUGAUUUCGCGCAAAGGAGGCAAGGACCGGUUUAUUGGUUACCCGAGUGUGAGCUGAUUGGUUUUGUUAAAACGAAAUACGAGGAUCAGGAUGAUGAUUGGCCAGAUAUUCAGUAUUUUGUCACAGCUUACGCUGAUAAUACCGAUGGGGGACUUUUCGGGAAAAAAGCUGCAGGUCUCACUGAUGAAUUCUAUUCUGCUGUUUACGAAGAAGUACUCUACAAGGACGCGUUCAAUGUCAUUAUUUUAUUACUAAGGCCGAAAAGUCGUGGCCGCCUGUUCCUCAAAGACGCCAAUAUCAAUAGUCACGUGGUCAUCUACCCCAAUUAUUUUGACGACCCCCAGGACAUGCAAGUCUUGAUUGAAGGUGCCAAAAUCGCCUAUGACUUAUCAACAAAAACCCCAACCAUGUCCCAGUACAAAACCACCUUCAACCAUUUCAAAAUCCCCGGUUGCCACCAUUUGCCAUUCCUCUCGGAUGAGUACUGGGCUUGCCAAGCCAGUCACUACACUUUGACCAUAUACCAUCCCGUGGGAACGGCCAAGAUGGGUCCACCCAACGAUACCAUGGCCGUGGUUGACCCCAGACUGCGCGUUUACGGUGUCAAAAAUUUACGGGUGGUUGAUGGGUCAAUUAUGCCGCACAUUGUGAGCGGAAACACCAACGCCCCCAUUAUUAUGAUAGCGGAAAAGGCGGCUGAUAUGAUCAAGGAGGACUGGGCCGUUUUUGAGGAACAGGACCAAGAGGAGGAACCUGUUGUAGGGUUUGGGAAGACACCCAAAGUCCAAGACUUAGAUUAUUGGUAGAAGAGUGCGAUUUAAUUACAAUAAUAAAACGCCAGUUUUGUUUUA